AACAUUUUGGCACUGGACAGUAUUUAUUGUGAAUUAAAAUUGUAAAACAAUGCCAGGAAAAGUUAAAGUUAAAAUUCUUGCGGGGCGGAAUUUACCUGUGAUGGACAGAAGCAGUGAUACCACUGAUGCAUUUGUAGAAAUAAAAUUUGGAUCAAUCACCCAUAAAACGGAUGUUUGUAGGAAAAGUCUAAACCCUGUAUGGAAUUCUGAUUGGUACCGAUUUGAGGUUGAUGAUGCUGAUCUUCAGGAUGAGCCAUUGCAGAUUCGUCUCAUGGAUUAUGAUACUUAUUCAGCAAAUGAUGCAAUUGGAAAAGUUUACAUCAACUUAAGUCCUCUGUUAUAUUCAUUCACUCUAGAUAAACCAACACAAAGUAAUACAGGUAAAGGCUCCGUUAUGUCCGGAUGGAUUCCAGUCUAUGAUACAAUGAAUGGAGUUCGAGGUGAAGUGAACAUAAUUGUUAAAGUUGAUUUGUUUACUGAUUUUAAUAAAUUUCGGCAAAGUUCCUGCGGGGUACGCUUUUUUCACUCAUCUAUUAUUCCUCAUGGUUACAAUGCACAAGUCAUACACGGUUUUGUGGAAGAGUUGGUCGUUAACGAUGAUCCAGAGUACCAAUGGAUAGAUAAAAUACGUACACCUAGGGCGUCAAAUGAAGCAAGACAGAUAGUUUUCAUGAAACUGUCAGGACAAGUUCAGAGGAAAAUUGGAUUGAAAGCUAUUGAACUUGGAGCUAACGCUGUCAUAGGAUAUACACAAUGUUUUGACUUGGAGGGAGAUGUUGGUGUUGUAGCUCGAGGUAUUGGUACAGCCGUUACAUUGAUAAAAAUUCAUGAGAAUUUUGCUCAUCAGGUAGUCGACAACACACUUGUGGAAGAGACUGAACAAACUAACAAUCCCGUGCCAAUAAUUAAUGGAGCAAAACCCAAUCGAGAAUCUACGGAUUCUGCUGGUAAUCGUAUAUCCCAAAGCCCUGCAAAAGCUGGAACUCCUGGCUCUGCUAUAGUGAUUAUAAAGGAUCAUAACUCGAGCGCAAUACAUCGACGAUCAUCUGAUUCUGAUUUGAGUAUCACUCCUAAAGGUAGCUCUCUGACGUCUAAUGAUCGUUACUUUGGAGUUGGAUCAAGAGUUCAACCAAACAGUAUUUUGAUAAAAACGCUUAACCAUGAUGCGCUAGAAUUACUUGAAUAUCCCUUCCUUACUGUCACCAGAGUGCCACCAGGAUUUGUAUUGCAUUUAGGUGCUACAGUUUCUGCUCGAUCAGUGAAGUUAUUAGCUCGAGUUCCUAAUCCAGACGAUCCGGAAACACGUGAUAUGUGGUGGAAUGAGCUUCGUAUGGAAAUUCGCUCGCAUGCUCGUGCUAUUGGUUGCAAUAUGGUUUUAGGGUAUACGGAAACAACCACAAUUUCGGAAGACGUUUGUGUGUUGUCUGCUAUUGGAACAGCAACAGUCAUAAAUCUACAACAAGGUGAUUCAAAUGAUAGCGUUAUCAGACUACACGGAUCGUCUAUAAAUAAGGAAAUCAUGACAUCAUCUAUGGAAGGGCAGGACUUUGAUAAGGAUUUGAAUACUGCAGCAGAAUUAAGCUCCACCAUGAAAUGUUCCGAUGUUUCUGAUAAUCAGAAAAGCAUUGAAGGAGAAGCUAUGGAAGUCAAUUUACAACCUGAGACUCGGACGGUUAAAGAUACAUCCGAAUUGGCAAAUAAAACUACUUCAUCACAACCAACAGCUAGUCACUGCGGAAUAUGCCAUAUUCCAUACUCUCAAACUUCCAUCCCGUUUAGAGUUAGUAUGAUGAAGUGUGAAAUUUGCAGAAAUGGAUACGUACCUGAUGUGCUGCUGUGUACCAUAGAAAUUCCUGAAGGACUACAGGUUGACGGACGUGGAAUACUAAUACAGGCGCAUGCUUGCAGAUCAAAGCGUGAUCUGAAAGGGGAAUCAAAUGCUAAGGAGAUGUCAGAUGCGCUACCAUUUCUUGAAAUAGAGUUACAUAAAUUGUUAAUCAAUAAACUAAAAAUGAAAGGCAUGAAUGCCAUUUUCGGUUUAAAAACAUCAGUAGCAGUUGGAGAACGAAUGAUGGCGCUUGUAGCUACUGGCACUGCUGUCUAUCUUUCCGCUUUACCACAACCUGCCGUUCCAAAGAUUGUGGCAGGAAAUUCAUGGGCAGAUUCUGACAAGCUGUUGGAACUACAAAAGUCGAUUCAGGAAACAGUUGAGAGAAACCGAGAAUUCUGUCAGCUAAAGCACCUUAACGAAGUAUUCAUAAACAAUAAAUCCAUAGCUCAACCUGAUGAUUCAGAUGAUUCCGAAGAAGAGAUGAUGGACCUUGAUCUCACCCACGGCAAUAAAGAAACCUGUAUGUUAGAAGUGGAUGAUAUUCAUGACCUAGAAAUCAUAUCCCUUCUUAUGGAACCUUGUCCUCCUGAUGGAUUCGAUGUCGUGAAUACGCAAGUGGUACCUGGAUUACAGGAUGUGGAAGUAGUGCGAAACCUACAGAUGUUUACCCAGGUUUGGCGAGCAAAGCUUCCUACCAAUCAACCAAAUAUAAGCUUUUCAAAACACUACCAGCGAUUAUUACAAGCUAUAUAUUUUAAACUACGAGCAAUGAUACCUUGUGCAAUAUGCGAUCUUCGUUUUAAACUGGAUCUACCAGAGAAUGACGAAAUACAAUUAUUAGUAACUGGGAUGGCUUUAGGAUUGGGAGAGCCAUUCAAACACAAUACGUUAAAAUCAAAACAUCUAGCAAAUUCAGCCACUAGAGAGCAAUUGAAACGUUAUGAUGAUGAUUUAAUAUUCAACUUGGAUGAUGAUAACAUUUGUCCAACAAAUAAUCCUCCACAAAGUACGGUGACAUCACAUUUCGUGCAAUCUAAUUCUGUGAAAUACAGACGAAGAUCUCCUUGCCGCGGACGAUUUGGAUCAGGACGACUUGUCAGGCAUAUGCCUCUAAAGGAACGUUACGGAGUUGACAUUACACCUCUCAGCUAUGUACCAGGAGGAAGAGUGGAGAAGUACUUGGGAAAUUUGGAUUUUUUCUUCAUUAGAGAAUGUACUGCCGUGAAAGAAAAUGGUGGCCUGAGUGGAUUCGUACACAGCUUCAUAACUGAAGUAUUAGCUGUAGUAAGAGCUCAUGUAACAGCGCUUGGUGGCAACGCAAUGGUAUCAUUUUACAUUACAGAACUUGUGUUAGUUGAUAAUAUGCACAAAAAUCAGGGUCAAUGUUUGAUGAGUGCUGGUGGUGACGUAGUAUUUGUUUCUUAUUACAGAGAUGAUUGAAAUCACCUAAUUAGAAUGUUUAGUAUGACAGACAAUGUAGUAAAUCUAGGAUAGGGCAAUAUCACAGAAUGGCGAAUAAAACACCCA